CGCAUCACUACAUUUCCAUCAUUCUUUCUUACUUUCUUUUGUUCUUCUAUAUAUACGUGCAAUUUCUCUUUCACUUUCAUUUUCCGAAAGGACGAAAACUCCAUCAAACUCUAGGGUUUUUUCAGUUUAUUUUUUAAUUAGCGAAAAAAAUAAUGUCGCAGCAAUACGGGAAAUUAAUGCCUAAUCUGGACCAACAAAGAACCAAGCUGCUCAAUCUAACGGUCCUCCGUCGUAUCGACCCUUUCAUCGAGGAAAUUCUCAUCACCGCCGCUCAUGUCGCCUUCUACGAGUUCAACGUUGACCUUAGCCAAUGGAGCCGAAAGGACGUUGAAGGAUCUCUUUUUGUUGUCAAGAGGAAUACGCAGCCUAGGUUUCAGUUUAUUGUGAUGAAUAGACGCAACACUGAAAAUUUUGUGGAAAAUCUCUUGGGAGAUUUCGAGUAUGAAGUUCAGGAUAAAUAUCUACUAUACCGUAAUGCUUCUCAGGAAAUAAAUGGUAUUUGGUUCUAUGAUGCACGUGAGCUUGAGGAGGUUGCAAAUCUUUUUAGCAGGAUUCUUACUGCAUACUCAAAGGUGCCCCAGAAGUCAAAGGUAUCAUCAACCGAAGAUGAGUUUGAAGAAUUGGAGGCUGUCUCAACAAUGGCCGUUAUGGCCGGUCAUUUGGAGUCGUCAUCAUCAUCAACUGCAUCCAGUGCUGCUGGUGUCCCUGAUGAUCCUGUCUUUGUGAAUUUCUUCAGUACAGCUAUGACCGUUGGAAGUGCUUCAAAUGCAGCAGUUUCUGGACAAACAUACCAGACUUCUGCAGCAAUGCCUGCACCUUCUAAAGCAGCCAAUGUUGCCUCCCCUACGGUGCCAGCUUUGCAACUACCAUCUCCUCUAUCAUCUUCUACUCCUUUGAUGCCACUACUUGAUACCUCUGAAUCCAGAAGCAAUCAUACUAAUCUUGUAAAGCCCUCAGCGUUCUUUGUACCGCCUUCCUCUUCGGCACAGAUAGUGCCACCUUUCUCUACAUCUAUCCCCAUUGCUCCUCUACUUAACCCUCCUCCGAGUCAACAACGCCUGUAUGGUGCUCCCUUGCUUCAACCUUUUCCACCACCCACUCCAUCACCAUCUCUCACUCCUGCUCCUGUUCCCAUUCAAAACUAUGGUCUAUCUAUCAGCAGAGAAAAAGUUCGGGAUGCUCUUUUGGCUCUCAUUCAGGACAAUCAAUUCGUCGACAUGGUCCACCGAGCACUGCUCAAUGCACACCAUUCCUGAACACCAAAUUGAGGUUUUCUUUUUGUUCUAUUGUUCAGGACGUUUUGGUUUCUCCUCCCUUUGCCUCCUUUACUAGAAGAUCAAAACCCAAUUUGGUAUAGCAUUUUAUCUUUCCUCAAUGGAUUUGGUGGAGUCCUUAUAAUCCAAUAUAGUAAUACAUAAUAUGAUUUUGCCAUGGUAAUGUGGUUAGUGUAAACGAACUGCACUUCUUGUGUGGCCAUUCUGCCCAUUCAUGAUAGUGUGUAUAUAUAUAUAUAUAUAUAUUGUUAUUUUCUA